GGCCCCCUCGGGACCCCCCAGGAGCCGCCAUGGGCCGCCUUCCUGCUGAGCCGCGUCCUGCGUGGGACCGGAGUAUCCCCGUGUCCCCAGGACCGCUCAGCCCGGGCCACCCUCCACGCGUGGCACCAGUACCGCCUCACCUGCGAGCAGCACCUGCGCCUGGCCCCGCCCUCCCCAGGGCCCGUCUGCAACCGCAGCUUCGACCUGUACGCGUGCUGGGGGACGGGCCCCAACAGCACCGUGACCGUGCCCUGCCCCUGGUACCUGCCCUGGCACCACCGAGGUAACGGGGGGUGCAGGGGGGUGGUCGCGCGGCGCUGCGGCCCCGACGGGCGGUGGGAGACGGACGAGAGCGGCAGGACCUGGCAGGACAACUCCCAGUGCGAGGACACGGCCCCGGAGCAGCCCCUGCAGCUCCAGGUGUGGCUCCUGGAGCAGUUCCGGCUCCUCUACACGGUGGGUUAUUCCCUGUCCCUGGUGGCCCUGCUGGUGGCGCUGCUGCUGCUGCUGCUGCUCAGGCGCCUGCGCUGCACCCGCAACCUGAUCCACGCCAACCUGUUCGCGUCCUUCGCGCUCCGCGCGGGCGCCAUCCUGGCCAGGGACGCGCUGCUGCCGCGGGGACACGGGGACAGCCCCGGGGACAGCCCCGGGGACACCCCCGGGGACACCCCCGGGCACAGCCCCGGCCACCCCCUGCAGCUGCUCGGGAUGCAGGCGAGCCCCGCGUGCCGCGUGGCGCAGACCCUCGCCCAGUACUGCGUGGGCGCGAACUACGCGUGGGCCACGGCCGAGGGGCUGUUCCUGCUGCGGCUCCUGCUCAGCACGUCCGGGCGCCGCUGCCUGCCCGCCUUCCUCCUCCUCGGAUGGGGUGUCCCCGUGCUCUUCGUGGUCCCCUGGGUGGUCCUGAGGUACCUGUACGAGAAUGAGGGGUGCUGGGAGCGGAACGAGAAGCCGGAGGUUUGGUGGCUCAUCCGCUGUCCCAUCCUGGUGGCCGUGGCUGUGAAUUUCGUGGUGUUCGUUCGCAUCGUCCGGAUCCUCGUGGCCAAAGUCCGGGCACACCAGGUGGCCCGGGGGGACACCCGGCUCAGGCUGGCUCGCUCGACGCUGACGCUGAUCCCACUGCUGGGGGUGCACGAGGUGGUUUUUGCCCUGGCCGGGGAGGGCGAGGGGGGGGGCGGCCUGAGGCUGGCGAGGCUCUGCCUGCACCUGCUGCUCACCUCGGCCCAGGGUCUGGUGGUCAGUGUCCUGUACUGCUUCACCAACAAGGAGGUGCAGGCGGAGCUGCCGGGGUGGCAGCGCUGCCGAAUGGGCCCCCGGAAUCCCCCACCCCGCAGGGGUCCUCCGGCCCGGGCGGCCCCGUCGGUGUCACCGUGA